GUUCUGCUUCGUCCAUCUGAGUGUUCAGGAAUUUCUGGCUGCUCUUCAUGUCCAUCUGACAUUCACCAACUCUGGAGUCAACCUGCUGUCACAAAAACAAACAACAUCCAGACGUUUCUACCAGGGACAUACAAUCCAUAAACCUGCAGAGACACGUUUCUACCAGGGACAAACAAUGUACCCUCAACCAGCAGAGACACACUUCUACCAGGGACAAACAAUGUACCCUCAACCAGCAGAGACACGUUUCCACCAGGGACAAACAAUGUACCCUCAACCAGCAGAGACACGUUUCUACCAGGGACAAACAAUGUACCCUCAACCAGCAGAGACACGUUUCUACCAGGGACAAACAAUGUACCCUCAACCAGCAGAGACACGUUUCUACCAGGGACAAACAAUGUACCCUCAACCAGCAGAUACAUAUUUCUACCAGAGUGUGGUGGACGAGGCCUUACAGAGUCCAAAUGGACACCUGGACUUGUUCCUCCGCUUCCUCCUAGGUCUGUCACUGCAGACCAAUCAGAAUCUCCUACAAGGUCUGCUGACACAGACAGGAAGCAGCUCUGAGACCAAUCAGGAAACAGUGGAGUACAUCAAGAAGAAGAUGGAUGAGAAUCUGUCUGCAGAGAGAAGCAUCAAUCUUUUCCACUGUCUGAAUGAACUGAAUGAUCGUUCUCUAGUGGAGCAGAUCCAACAGUCCCUGAGUUCAGGAAGUCUCUCCACAGAUGAUCUCUCUCCUGCUCAGUGGUCAGCUCUGGUCUUCAUCUUACUGUCAUCAGAAGAAGAUCUGGACGUGUUUGACCUGAAGAAAUACUCUGCUUCAGAGGAGGCUCUUCUGAGGCUGCUGCCAGUGUUCAAAGCCUCCAAAAAAAGCUCUACUGAGUGGCUGUGGCCUGUCAGAGAGAAGCUGUGAAGCUCUGUCCUCAGUUCUUAGCUCUCAGUCCUCUAGUCUGAGAGAGCUGGACCUGAGUAACAACAACCUGCAGGAUUCAGGAGUGAAGCUGAUCUCUGUUGGACUGAAGAGUCCACACUGCACACUGGAGACUCUCAGGUCAGGAAUCAUUAACCCAUUCAACUGAUGACCAUUUAAACUCUGAUUAACUUUAGUUGACAAACAGCUGACGUGUAGCUUUGUGUCUGUUGA